CACAGUGCGCAUGUGCGGUGGAGUGAAAGCAGACAGCUGGCGCGAAGCAGUGGGGUCUUGCUCUGCGUGGACAACUUCCCACAACAAUUAAAGGAGACAAUGUUAGCUGAGACUUUCACCGGCAGGCACCCGGUUGUAGGUUUCUAAAAAGUGAGAGUCGGUCCAAAGUUUAAAGGGCGUUCCGGGAGUACGGCAGUUUGAACUUCAGCAACGUUACUUGAUGCUACUGCUCCCUUAAGCUAACACCAUGACUUCAUUGACUCUGAGUGGAGUGACGGUGAAUUUCCCCUUCCCUCCGUAUGACUGUCAGAAGGAAUACAUGAAGAAAGUGAUUGAAUGUCUUCAGAAUAAAGUAAAUGGGGUUCUGGAGAGUCCAACAGGAACGGGUAAAACCCUGUGCCUGCUUUGUGCCACUCUUGCCUGGAGGGACCGCUUCAAGGACAGCAUCUCUGCCAGAAAGAUAGCACAGAGACUGGGUGGAGAGGAGAUGUUCCCAAACACACCGCUGUCCUCCUGGGGUACAGCUGCUACGAACGGUGACAAACCAACCUACUACACUGAUGUUCCCAAGAUUAUAUACGCAUCUCGGACACACUCGCAGCUCGCGCAGGUUAUCAAUGAGUUAAAGAGCAGCUCAUACAGGCCAAAAGUGUGUGUGCUGGGAUCCAGAGAGCAGCUGUGUAUCAACCCAGACGUCAUGAGGCAGGAAAGCAACCAUGUGAAGGUAGUGUUCUGUGGUGAACCAUCAGAAAAAGAAAGAGAACAGCAGAUGCAAUCCAACACAACUCAUUUUAAGGUUCACAUCCAUCGAGACACCAGCUAUCACACCAAAAAGCAGAGCAGUGAUGUAUGGGCUCCAUCUUCAUCAAAAAAACAAGGGAACAUCCUUAGUUACUGGUGCUUCUCUCCUGGAUUCAGCAUGCAGGAUCUCGUGAAUCAAGGCGUUCGCUGCAUCAUCCUGACCAGUGGUACCCUCUCUCCCCUGUCCUCAUUCACCUCUGAGAUGAGGAUAGAAUUCCCAGUGUCUCUGGAGAAUAGCCACGUGAUCGAGCGGGACCAGAUCUUUGUUAGCAUCAUUGAUCGAGGCCCUGAUGGAGUGCACUUAAGUUCAGCAUUUGAUCGGAGGUUUGUUCCUGAAAACAUGGCAUCCUUAGGCAACACUGUUGGUAAGUUUAUAUGCAGAAUAGUCAGAAUUGUCUUGUCUCAAACCUGAAGCACUUUGCUGUCUCCUUUUCAGAGCAAGAUUGUGUAAGAUGGGCUCUGUUCAUGGUGUAAUUUCAGGAGGGCGGCCACUGUGGCUCUGAUUAGUGGUACUAUCGCUUGUUCUGUUCCUCUUGAAUGUUGCUGCAACACUGUUUUGACUGAUUUUUAGUUGGUUACAGAUUUUUCCUGUGUCUCUUUGAAGAUCCAUCCAUCCUCUAUAUACCGCUUUAUCCUCAUUAGGGUCGCGGGGGGUGCUGGAGCCUAUCCCAGCUGACUUGAGCGAAGGCAGGGGACACCCUGGACAGGUCGCCGAUCUGUCACAGGGCUACAUAUACAGACAGACAAGCACACUCACAAUCACACCUACGGGCAAUUUAGAGUCAUCAAUUAACCAAUUGGACUGUGGGAGGAAGCCGGAGUACCCGGAGAAAA